CUUUAGGGGCUAGAGAGCCCGAAACAGUUUCUGUUUCACGCCGUCGAACCCUAUCUCUCUUCCCAACCUUUCUUCUUUGUUCUUCCUUCCAAGUCUCGACCGUCUUUCACCGCCACCUUCCAUCGCCGCCGCCUCAUGUAUUUGGAAUAACCACCACCUAUCCGCCAUCAACGUAGCCCACUACAUCUCCUGUGAGAACGAAAAACAGAGGGAAAUGAACUCGUUGGCGCGGAACAUUUCGUGCUCCAUCAGAUCUUCGAUUCCCACCAAUUGUCUACAGCACCAGCAAUGGAGGGGGAUCCGAGUGAAGGUGUUGAGAGGGGGUCUAGAGCGGGCACUGACAGUUCUGCAAAGGAAGAUGCAAUCGAGUGGAAUCGAGCGACUGAUUAAGCGUGAACAAGUUCAUCAUAUCAAGAAUUCCGAGAAACGGGUUUUGGCCAGAAAGACUUUAGAGCGCAAAAUUCAAUCCAAGGACCUCGCUCGCAAACUCAAAGCCAUCCUUAUAAAGAAAGUCAGGGGUCUGUAAACAUCUGACUUUUGUAGUAUGGUUGGUUUCUUGCUCCUUUUUCUUUGGAUCCCUACUUUAACUCUGGAUUGGCUACCUCUUAGAAGUGCAAUUGAAGCUCCUUUAUUCAGCAGGAUGGCUCCAGUGAGUUCUUUUUUAUUUUUAUUUUUUUAAUCUACAUUGCUUUCUAUCAAUUCUGUUUUCUCCUAUAUUGUGAGCUAUUUUUCAUGCCCGCUAUGGAUGCUUCUCAAAUCACUCUGUCUUCCUCUUUGAUCAUUUUCUACCACCUGCACUUUUGUUGGUUUUCUCUGUAACUUCAUAUUUUGAAAUACUAUGAAUGAUGUAAUGGGUCCAUAUAGCUCAUGAGCAUAAUAAAAAGGUUAAAAAUAACUGCUCUAUUUAAUUUGA